ACCGCGCGAUGUAUAUAAGAGCGAACAUUGGCAUCAUAUCAUCGCUCGCUUGCUAUCGAACACAUUGCCACCGGCGUUACCAUACGUUGAACUGCGAGAAAAUGAUUAAAUUUCUUUGCCUAUUUGCAUUCCUUGCCGCAAGCUGUCUAGCUUUGCCGGUAGAAGACCAUCCUAAAUUAUCUCGCCCUUCACCCAUCAAUCCGGAUGUUGCCAGCGAUCCAAAGCCAACCGAAUUGAAGGAACUUUCCCCGGCGUCCUCCUCCACCACCGAGAGUCACAUCCAAAAGGUCCCAGCGUCUGGAGUAAAGCUUAGCAUUGAAGUAGCAAAAAACGAGGCGACAACCUCCACUAGCCCCAGCACGGACACUGAACAGACCACUAAGAACAAUCCGAAACGUUCGGUAGAAUCGGAUUCAAGCGCAUCCACUACCACGGCCGCAAACCAUCCUGCAUUCCGGCGCAAUCAGCCUUCUACCACGACGGAACAGCCCAGCAGUACCACCGGAAGCAGUUCCACCUCCAGCCCAGUUUCAGUGAAAACUCCGAUUGCUACGACGACGUCCAGGACAAAGCGUGAGGUCGCCGUCACUGCCGCCACUGCCAGCAGCAGUGCAGGUACUACUGCGGCAAAACGCACAACCACUGUCGCCCCAGCCACAUCCAGUGAUGAUAAGGAAGGGCCUCACUUUGUGCGACCGGUCCCGGUGGAUCAGAUACUGAAAAAUUUCAACCUCUCGGAAAAGUCUACCGGUUCAGCUGCUACUGUACAACAGCCGAAACCGGAGCAGUCUAAGGACGAACAGAAAUCGGAUGAAAGUUUCGAGGAAGCAUCCGAGCACCGAAAGGAAGAGUCGGAGCAAAAGACGCACCAACAGACGCAUCCCGUCAUCCGACAGCAGGGUGCAUAAUGAAACUGUAUAGUAUUGCUUUAAUCUGUUGUUCUCUGUUUAUGUUUAACGUUUUAAUCAAAUAAAAAGCUGCAGCAUGUAUGCUUAACGAUUUAAAAA